AUGAUAACUUUAGAAAAAUGUUAUUUUUAUGCGUAUUAUGGCGAUUUAGAUUUAUUUGUGAAUAAUUGUAAAAUAGAUGAUGAUACCGACUUUGAGUUAUUAUAUUGUAUAUGUAAUGGAUUGUUGCUUAAUUUCGACUUCUGUCUUCAUAUGUUUCGUAAUCAUAGAGAAGUAUUAUGUGAAGACGUAAUACCUAAAUUUAAUUUAUUAUUAAGUAAACCAGAAUAUUACAAAAGUUUAUCUUCUUUAAACUAUUUUAAUCUUUCUUUUUUUAAUUUUGAUAUAAAUUUUGAUAAUAGUAUAUUUGAAAUAGAAAGUGAAAUUAUUACUGAAUUACUAUCAGUCAAUUUUUUAUUUAAAAAAGAUGAAGCAAAUUUUAAUAAAAUAAAAUUAAAAAAACAAGUCGGUAUUUGUAAAUAUUUUAUAGAAAAAGGAUAUUUACCUAAUUAUUAUAGUAAUAAAAAAUUAAACUUAGAAGUACAUCACGAUGAAAAUGUUUGUAUGAUGAAUUUAUUUAGUAAUGCAAUUUAUGAUUACGGUAAAGAUGACAAUCUUUAUACUAGAGAAUAUUAUGCAGGUUAUGGAGAAUAUGAUCAGGAAAAAACAUUCCAUGUUCACUAUUUAGAUAUUCUAAAUUUGCAUAACUUUUUAGAUAAUAAAGAAUACUAUUCUAGAGACUAUAAUAAUGAAGAAUUUAAAAAAGAAGAUAUAUUAAAUAAUACCAGCUUAGCUAUUUAUUGUUAUAAAAAUAAAAUUUAUUUAGAUUAUUGCCUUUCUAGAUUUAUAACAGUAAGUACUAGACUUAAUAUCGAAAUUCCAAAUUUUCUAUAUUGUAAAACAUUACCACGUUUUGCUGUUUUAGAAAGUAGAAAAGAAGAUAAUCUAUACAUAUAUUAUCAUUUAUUAUAUUAUAGUAUUAUAUAUAUGUAUUCAACAAAUAUAUGGAAUUAUAGAAAGUUUGAAUAUAGUUUUAUUGAAUAUAAUAUGUAUGAAGGAGCACGUAAAUCAUGUUACGAACUUGUAUUCAAUGAAUUUUUAGAAAAAAUAGAAAAAGGAAUGCCAGUAUACAAGUAUAUUGAUAUAGAGAACAGAAGAUAUUUAGAGGAACCCAUAAAGAUUGAUGUUAAUAGCCUUAGUAAGAAAAUGGAAUUUGACUAUACUAUAUAUACAUUAUGA